CCCUUGCUUUGCGUUUUUUCUUUCAUAGCUAAGCUGGGAUCGAAGAACAUCAUUAGCAACAGCUAGUUCCAUGUUGUGCUGUCUCAAAUGUUUAUGAAGCGGCGAGUGGCACCGUGCGCCUCCGUUGUCUCAUAAAAAUGUCUCUUUUGCCUCGUCUUCGUGUCUUCGCCACGCCUUUACUUUCAUCUUCUCUCCUCUCCCCCUUCUCUCAGAAUGGAGGUAGACAACUGAUGACAAGAAUUGGCAUCAAUACCUGCUCGCUUUCUUCCACAGCUGAAGCUUCAGAUUUAGAAUGUGAUGUGACUCGUGAUGAUGUCAAAGCAGCAGAGAGAGCCAAUGCACUUUGCAUGGCUGUAUCACAGCUUGCUAGUGAGUUUAGCAAGGAAUCUAUGUUGUCUCUGCAUAAGUUUUUUGGUGUACGCCGUGCUCGUGUGAUAUCUACAGGCUCCUUGAAGCUUGACCUAGCCCUGGGAAUAGGAGGAUUGCCAAAGGGUAGAAUGGUGGAAAUUUAUGGACGAGAAGCAGCUGGUAAGACUACACUUGCUCUUCAAAUUAUUAAAGAAGCUCAAAAACUUGGAGGAUAUUGUGCAUAUCUUGAUGUAGAAAAUGCUCUGGACUUCUCACUUGUGGAAUCGAUAGGUGUAAAUACUGAAAACCUUCUCGUAUCACACCCUGAUUGUGCUGAAAAUUUGUUAAGCAUGGUUGAUACAUUAACAAAAAGUGGAGCUGUAGAUGUGAUUGUGAUUGAUAGUGUUGCUGCCCUCAUCCCCAAAUGCGAACUUGAUCAAUUAGGAGUUAGUCCUAAACGAGAUUAUCAAUCACGAAUGAUGACUCAAGCACUGCGGAAAAUUCACUAUUCAUUAUCUCACUCUCAAACUCUCAUUAUUUUCAUUAAUCAGAUUAGAUUGAGUUCAAAAACCGUCAAGGAACAUGGAUCUGUGGAAGAAGUCACUUGUGGUGGAAAUGCUUUGAGAUUCUAUGCAGCCGUUCGUUUGAGACUUUCAAGAAUAAGAUUGAUCAAAACUGAGGAUAAGGUAGAGGGUGUUCUGAUCUGUGCACAAGUGGUGAAAAAUAAACUAGCACCAGCAGCAACGAAAAGGGCUGAACUGGGUAUCAAGUUUGGAAGAGGCUUUUGCCAUGAGUCAGAGGUCUUAGAUUUGGCCUGUGAACAUGGAACAAUUGUGAAAGAUGAGGGAAGCUACAUUAUUGAAGGGCAGAGUUUUGAUAGUAGAGAAGCAGCUGAACUGUUUUUGGCUCAAAAUGAUGCCAUUUGUGACAAGUUGGUCAAGGAUAUGAGGAGACUUUAUUUUUAAAACCAUUUGAACUUGCCCAGCAUGGAUUUACUAGGGCAAGUCUCUUUUAUUGGUAUCAUGGCUAACUUUCUGUAAUUGAGCAUUGCCAAUAUUUUAUGAAGGCAAUUAAUAUUGCCUUCAAUGGGAUUCCAGUAUCAACCAUUGUGUAGAUGAGCUUGGGGCAUUUGAAGUAACCUGAAUGUGAUUCUCUUGGAUCUAGCACAUUGUAAAAUUACACUACCAAAUGAGAAAUUCGAUUGCUCUUUCAAACCAUUUGACAACUUCCUUUGUGUAUUUCUAGGGACAAUUGGUUAUAUUCAUUUGUCAAAGAAACAUGCAAACUAUGGAACUACAUUGUAAAUGAACUGUCUUCAUUUCUUGUUCA